ACUCGCCAAAGAAGUACUGCGAGCCGCACGCCCGCAACGUGACCGGCUGGGACACGGCGCGUCUGCGCGUCUGCCAUCACUUUUCGGACUCGCACGCCUUUGCCGUUUCGCAUGCCCACGCGUCGGCCGUCGUCGCUGCGCACGCGGCGCUGGUGGCUCGCGACGGGCGCGGGGCAGGCGCUUGCCUCAACCCGUGGCACUCGUCGACUUGCGGCGAUGACCCCGGCGUGCUGCGCGACUUUUUCGAGCAGUGCGAAGGCAACCUCCCUCGGACACGCGCCUGAGCUGCCGCGGCCUCGUGCUCGCGGGGUUGCGCGUGCCGUGGGCCCUUCUGCACAACAACACCGUCGGCUUCAAGAUGGCCGGUGCUCACAAGCAGGACUCGUACGGCAUCAUCGCGCGCAUGGUCAAGGAGACGGCGGUGUGGAAGCAGAUCCUCGAGGAGGGCCACGCCACACUCCACCGCGGCCACGCCUUCAACGCGACACGCGCGGACGAGAAGGGGAGGGUGCGGCGGGAGAAGCGGAGGGAGGCGCAGCGCGCGGGCAAGCUCACGUCGCUCGCAAAAGGCAUCCGCGCCGGCCGCUGAGUAGCAGGGGCGAGGGGACGCCCUCCCUCCCUCUGUCUGAUGAGCGCAUUUGGCGCUGUCUAUUGGUUGUGGGGGGUUCGCUUUGUCUGUCGGUGUUUGCAGAGUGUCGGGCCGAGUGUGCAUGCUUCCUUCCGCCAUCUUCUUUCGACUGAAAGAAACCUAGUAUUUGCCAA